AUGCAUACCGUGGGACCCCUGGCCUCUCCACAGCUGGCUCAGACUCACGGCAGUGUGUUCACCGUGUGGUUGGGGUCCACACCCAUCGUGGUGCUGAGUGGUUUCCAGGCAGUGAAGGAAGCACUGGUCUCCAACUCAGAGCAGUUCUCAGGGAGGCCCCUCACUCCGUUCUUCCAAGACCUGUUUGGAGAAAAAGGUGUCAUCUGCAGCAAUGGGCACACAUGGCGCCAACAGAGACGCUUCUGUCUAAUGACUCUGCGAGAGCUGGGCCUUGGCAAGCAGAUGCUGGAGUUGCAACUGCAAAACGAGGCAGCAGAGCUGGCUAAGGUGUUCCACCAGGAGCAAGGGAAAGCCUUCAACCCCCAGGUCCACAUUGUCCGAUCCACAACAAGAAUUAUUGGAGCCCUGGUGUUUGGCCAUCACUUCCUCUCAGAGGAGCCCUUCUUCCUGGAAAUAAUUCAAGCCAUCAACCUCGGCCUAGCCUUUGUCAGCACUACUUGGCGCCGGCUGUACGACGUGUUUCCCUGGGCCUUCCGCUACCUCUCAGGACCCCACCAGAAGAUAUUUCAGUGCCAUGAGGCUGUGAGGGGCUACGUCCAUCAUGAAAUCAUCAGGCACAAGCUCAGAGCAGCUGAGGCCCCCAAGGAUUUCAUCAGCUGCUACCUGUCACAAAUCACCAAGGCCAUGGAUGACCCUGUUUCCACAUUCAAUGAGGAGAACCUGAUCCAAGUGGUGAUUGAUCUGUUUCUGGGAGGCACCGACACCACGGCCACCACACUGCACUGGGCACUCAUAUACCUGGUCCAUCACAGAGCCAUCCAGGAGAGAGUGCAGCAGGAGCUGGAUGAGGUGCUGGGCACUGCGCAGACCGUCUGCUAUGAAGAUCGAGAGCGACUGCCCUACACCCGUGCUGUCCUCCAUGAGGUGCAGCGCCUUAGCAGUGUCGUGGCUGUGGGCGCUGUGCGGCAGUGCGUGACUUCCACCUGGAUGCAUGGCUACUAUGUGCCCAAGGGUACCAUCAUCUUGCCCAAUCUGGCCUCUGUGCUGUACGACCCGGAGUACUGGGAGAGCCCUCAUCAGUUCAACCCUGGCCAUUUCCUAGACAAGGACGGAAACUUCAUGGCCAAUGAGGCCUUCCUGCCCUUCUCUGCAGGGCAUCGGGUGUGCCCUGGGGAACAGCUUGCUCGAAUGGAGCUCUUCCUGAUGUUUGCCACCCUCCUCAGGACCUUUCGGUUUCACCUACCAGAAGGAAGCCAGGACCUCGGGCUGGAAUAUGUCUUUGGGGGGACACUGCAGCCUCAACCCCAGAAGAUUUGCGCAGUGCUGCGGCUGAGCAGCUUCAGCCCUAGGGAGAAGUAACGGACCUGCCGCUGUAGCCCCCCAACACACAAAGCCUCUGCCUGUCAGCAUCACAAAAUCAGGGACUAGGAAGAAGUGGAUUUUUCCUAGCUCAGCUGCCCACAGUUCUCAUACUAGCUCUGAAGUUAAUCCCAGAAAAAUCGAUGUAGCAAGGAAUCCUGCAACAGUAACUAACUGGGUUUGGGUGGUUCUCUUCUGUUCUGUUCUUAUAGUUUGGCAGAGGAGGGUUUUAUAACAUUUGUUAAGUUUGACGUUAAAGCGGUUCACAUGGUUCAUUUGGGGGGGAAUCAAGUGUCACAAUGUAGUAGCCAAAUAGAUUCAAAGGGAAAUGCUUCGGGACAAUACUGUCAACAGCAGUACAUGCGAACUCUGGAGACUAACUGGUGAGGGUGGGCACACACCAUUUUAUGACCCCUCCCUGACCUUUUUGGACCAGAGGGAAGAAGUACCUACUUCUGUGGUCUAGAGAACUCUUCUCACCAAAUUUUCCACCAAAGAUCCUGGCUGUAUUUUCCCUAAAACUGUCCCAAUGCUUUGAAAUAGUGUAUCUUUAAAAAAAAAUUUAUUAAGGAGAGAAUUACUUGUAUUAAAUGGAAAUUAGAAUAAAAAUGAGAAGCCACUACAUACCUGCUAGAAUUGCCAAAAAUAAAACUCUUGACACUCCUAAGAACUAGAAUGCAAAGAACCAAGAGGGUUCACACACUGCUGGUGACUGUCAAAUGGUGAAAUCAUGGUAGAAAAGAAUUUGGCUGUUCUUAAUAAAAUUAAGCAUUGUGCCACAA